UGUGAACCAAGUAUCCGGACAAGAUUUAAAGUAAGGAAGUUUUGUAUUUCGGAUCCUGCGAACAGGGAGCGUUCAGUUUAGCGAAGUCAUUAUUUUCAUUAAACCAGAAUGUAAAACUGGUGUCUGAACAGGGCCGUUGAAAAUUUUAGCUAAUGUUAUUCAUGUUAACUUCGACAAACUACCGUAACAACCAACAUCAACACUAAGUGUAAGUAUUGAAAAUCUAGUUAAGAAAAUUGCAAUGAGACUCCACCAGCGCCCAGCACUGGGUAUCGCAUUGGCCUUGUCUUGCGUGUCGACGGGGAAUGCCAUUGAACCCAUCAGCACCAGCAUUGCAGUUGGGAUGGCCGCAGCCCUUACUGGGUUGCUCGCCAUUUACCCGAACAUGCUGUGUAGUAUUCACGAGUGCUGCCAGGAAGAGUGGGUCGCCAUGAACACCACAGGGUUAAAGGAGACCCUAGAAGCGAAGCUGUUUGGGCAGCACCUGGCUACCCAGAUUAUCCUGAAAGCAGUGACUGGCUUUGUCAACAACAAAAAGCCCAAGAAGCCUCUGGUCCUGUCCCUCCAUGGCUGGACAGGAACAGGAAAGAACUUGGUCAGCCAGAUGAUAGCUGAGCACCUGUACAGGAAAGGCAUGCAGAGUGACUUUGUGCACCAGUUUGUCUCCACCGCUCACUUUCCCCAUGCUGACCACAUCGACACCUACAAGGACCAGCUGCAGCAGUGGGUACGAGGGAACGUGACCAGCUGUGCGCGAUCCCUGUUUAUAUUUGAUGAAAUGGACAAAAUGCACCCAGGCCUUAUUGACAGUAUCAAACCAUUCUUGGAUUAUUAUGAGACCAUGGAUGGGGUGUCCUACCGGCAAGCCAUUUUCAUAUUCCUCAGCAAUGCAGGUGGAGAGAAGAUCACCAGAGUGGCUCUGGAUUUCUGGAAUGAAGGCAAGAAAAGGGAAGAAAUCCAGCUGAAAGACCUGGAGACAGCCGUGUCACUCGAAGUCUUUAACAACAAGAACAGUGGGUUCUGGCACACCAGUCUAAUUGACAAGAACCUGGUGGAUUUCUUCGUCCCUUUCCUGCCUCUGGAGAUGAAACAUGUGCGAAUGUGUGUGAAGGAAGAGCUGAAGUCCCGCAACAAGAAGCCAGACGAGGAGAUAGUCAACACUGUGGUUGAAGAAAUGACCUACUUCCCCAGAGAAGAGAAGAUCUUCUCAGACAAGGGCUGCAAAACUGUGGAGAAGAAGCUAGACUAUUACUUGUAGUGUUUACAAAUAAAUGUCGGGAAGGACACUGAAUUUAAACUGGGUUGGAAGUCUAUACCAGGAGGUCCUGGGUUCAACUCUGCCACUGACACUGUAUGCCUUGAGAAAGUUCAGUUAAAUCACCCUACUGUAAAAUCUUGGUAGAAACAGGACUGCAUUUUUAAAUGAGACGUUGCAUCUUUGCUGCACUAUGUGGGACAAUUAAAUUCAAAAUGAAAAUUAAGGAUACAAAUCAGCCAGCACUAUUCAUUUGAUAAUGAUUUGUUAUGUGCAGAAAUUUGGGGUUAGGCUUUUUUAUGAUUUAAAAAAAAAGUGAGCUAUACAGAUAUUGAUGUACAUUUUCUAUUUGCCUGAUCAGGUAUUAAUGAAUUAGCACAGCAGAGAUCCAUCAUGGAGAUCUGUUUGCAUUGUAAAACAAUGCAUUUUUGCAUUACAGCAGCAAGUGUCUUAUAAACUUGAGUUCUUUCACUAUUGAAUUGCCUCAUGUAAAAUGUUGAGCAAGAUUGUCACAAGAAUUGGAGAGGGUCUGCCUUUGUAGCUAUGAUGUAAUUUCAACACAACAGGGAGGCACUAACACAUUUUCUCAUCAUCCUUCAACGGCGCUAUACGUUUCUGGUAACAUUGAUAAUAAAAGUUGUCAGGUGUAGAUUUCCAGCUGUUCUUGCCAAGUUUGAACAGACCCUAGUGCAAAUUUGACCUUGAUGAUUUGAAAUAGUGAUUUUAAGGUUUCAGUAAAAAAAAAAAAAAAAAAAAAAAAAAAAAAAGCCUUUUAGUUGAGGCUGUAUAAACAGUUCAGUAUUUAGUAAUUGGAAACGGUAGAGGUUACCUGCACAGUGUCUUUGAAUCCACACAGCUUCCAGUUUACUUCUAUUGGCUGCAUCUGACAUGAUAAUGUUAGCAUUGUGAGGUUUUAAAGGUAGAUCAGUCUUAUACUCUUGUGAGAUGGGAGUGGAGGGUGCUAGACUGUAAAAUGACACACUGAUUUAAUUUAUAACACCUUGUUACAAACAAGAAGUUUUACAGGUGUUGGUGUUGUGUAUUUUGUAAAAAUAUGUAUAUAAUUGUUUUAACAACUUUCUACUGUGUCCUGUUUUGUCUUCUUGAAGGAAAGUAUUUUUUAGUUUA